UAACCGAAGAAGACUUUGAAGAAAAGAAAAGCAAGGGUCAGAGAGGGAGGGGAGGGAGAUCGCUCGAAGGAGAGCAUUCGUCUUGGAUCGAUGCAUUCCGUCAAUCUCGUAAGAAAGCAGCAGAAGAACAAAUAAUCUUUCUCUCUCUCACACACAUAAUAUACAUACAUCUACCUGUAUAGUAAAAAUAUUCGUAGAAGGGGAGAAAGAGAGAGAAUGCGGGAGCAGGAGGAAGGAGGAGAGAUGAUGAUGAAGAAGAAGAGGGUGGCGGUGGUGGAGUCACUAGGAUGGCUAACGGAGUCAACUAUUAUGCCCAAGAAACACCGCGCCAUCGCGGGCGUGGGUCCCUCUUCCAUCUUCGAACUUAAAGCCGAGCUAUACAAAUCGCAGGAAGACUCCAAACGCUCCAAAGAUCAACAACAACUCCCAACCACCGACCACCACCUUGACUACCAUCGCGCCAAGAAGAAGAUCACAUCUCGCGAUCCUCUCUCUCUAAAGAAUUCCGGCGUCGAUGCCCGCUCCCUCAAGGACAAACUCGAGCUUAAAGCAGUCAAUGAUGGAUCAGCCAGUUAUGCUGCACUAGAAAGAAAGGCUGAGUUGUAUGAGAAGCUGGCGAAGGGAGAGCUUUCAGAUGAAGAUGAUAAAGAGAAGUAUUGUGUUGAUUUUUUCAGUAAGAGCCUCUUGAAGGAUGAAUCACAGCAGCCUCAGGGUCGCAAUCCUUUUUCUACAGAAUCUCUAGUAGAAGAUGAAGGUGGGGAGAAUGAUGCUUCGGUAGCAGCUGAUACGAAUCCAUUGGGGCUUGGUCGGACAGCUGCAACACUAGACAAUAAUGAGCAUAAACGUUUUGUGAGGGAAGUUCAUGAAGAAGCAAGUGAAGCAAGAGAGAGAGUGUAUGAGCUCAAACUACACAGGCAAGAGCAGGCUGCAGCCCGUCGGGAGAAACUAAAGCAAGCCUAUCUCCGGAAGCAGCUUGAGAAAUUGAAAGCUGCUUCUAAGACACAACAGACGUGACUUAUCCAAGUGAAAUUUGUUGCCAGCUGAUUCAUAUGUGGCCGUUCAGGGGCAUGAAUAUUUUAAGUGUAUAUGAAUUGAAGUUGCUUAACAAGGGUGAAGCAUAAUCCAGACACGGCGUGACAACUGGGACUUGUGAUAGUCAUUACCAACUGAAGCCCUGAGAAGAGUCGGGUCUAUGAAACUGGAAGUCCAUCUUAGUAUGUUUUUGCGUCAGACUCUAUGUUGUGGGUAGAGAAUUGUAAAAGCAACAAUGUUUGAUGGAUAGGAAAAAUUAUCCUAUGCCCUUAUGGCACCGCCACGUGGUGCCCUAGGCCUCUCUCCACCACGACUUGUUAUGGGACCCAAUUGAAACUGUCUGGACCCCACCAGGGGCUUGGGGCACUGAAUAAUUACUCGACAAUCACUUGUGGGGAAGUUAUUUUUUUCUCUACUUUGUACACAUAGUAUUGGGCAAACGUAGUCAAUAACUGAAGUAAUUCCUGAAGAAGUUUCUGUUUUGUACCUGUUUGAUGAUUUACCAGAUGUCUUGCUUUGAUUGUA